AUGUCCCAAACCUGGAUCAGAGGACCCCUCUGUGGCAUCGACAACUGCCGAUCUCGACUAUACAGAACAUAUGCCGGCAGAAAAAUCUGUCAGUAUGGCCAUGUUGUCGAGGGAAAUGUCGAGUUCGGUGAGGAUGAUGGAGAGAACUACACUCAAACAAGACGUAUCAAUCUCCUGAUCAAUGACACUGGGUUUGGUUCCAGUGUCUCUACGUCUGCUGUUCCAACACAGCUGUCAACGCCCUUGGAAAAGGUUCGCUUGUACGGUAAAGAGGCGAGAAGUUUGCAUUUCAAGAUAGGCCAGCUUUUGCUCCAGAAGAUAAUACCCAUGAUCCUGAAAGAGCUAGUUCCUGGUGAUCAACUGUUUCAGCAAAACGUUGCGCUUCUAACAAAGAUUUUCUGGGUUCGUUAUUGCAAAAAAGCAUACGACCUGAAGUCUCCAACGAUCCUAGAUCUAUACGUUUUGGUGUACCUCGCGAUGAGACAGCUCAACCAGCAUCCUGUUUACGUGGAUGACUUUCUUUCCCUACUACGGUACAACAAGACGCCUUUUAUCAACGGCUCCUCCCUAAUUCCCCAGUCAUUCAUUCAGCAAUCCAACUUGGCCACGCGCUUGUUCUCGGCAUCUUCAAUACCCAUAAACAACCAGUUCUACCUAAAGAUAGUUCAGCUAGCACUAAUUGUGGCACCUGCAGAACUCUGGAAGACACCUCUUGAGGUCUUCUACCCUGGAGCUUUUCGAGUCUUCACGGACCUUUCAUUCAAGGACGCACCUCGUCUUCUCACCAUGUUUCACAGAAUAGGCUUCCGGGUGACUGGAGGGCAAUUAUCGUCCUCAUGGAAGCAGCACAGUACACUUCCCGAAACGCAGUAUGUGGCGCUUCUCGUGUUGGUCAUCAAGAUAUACUUCACGGCAGCUCCCGAGGUACCGAGCCAGGAAGAAUGGCUUGCCCAAUUGAAAAACAAUACAACAAGCAUUCCUUGCUUCGACACAAAACAUCAUUCAAUGUCGAUCAAAUCAGCAUUAGACAUGUCAACGGAAGACACGUCUAAAUACUUUGACUGGAUUCAAAGUAACCUCAUUCCUGAAAAUCGCAUCACCCAAAACGACGAUCUACCACUCACCACCAGAAAACUUUAUAAAAUAUUUUCGCUUGAAGAACCACAAAGCAGAGAAGAUCUUCCAUUGGCCGAAACUCCCACGGAUUUGGUGAAAAACACGUUGACUACUCAGCAGAUAGUACUGAUAUCCGAGCAACUUCAAAGCUACUUUUGUGUACGCUUCGGUCUCACAAGCAAGACACUUGCCGAGGCUACUGAAAGAGUCGAGCUCAAGUUUUAUAAAACACUCAAGGCCGAUGGAGCCAUUAUCAAAUAG